GACAUGUUGGUUCCUUUUCACUCACUCACACUAUGCAGUAUGCCCCCACUCUCUCUCUCCUCUCCUUUUCUCCACCAAAGCCUCUUUUUUGCCUCUGGGUCCUCCUGACAUGGUGUGUCACAUUGUCAGAGAAAUUGCACACUCUUUGUAUUUUAUUUCAUGAGAGGAUUAGAAAUUGCCUCAUUUGAUGUGUAUUCUUCACAAAUUUGAAUUAUUCUAAACUACUUUCCACCUUCUUUCAACUGGGUUUUUUUCUGGGUCUUUUUUCAUACCUGUUUACCAGGUAUUCGACAUAUUGCCUCAAUGAAGUUGUUAAAGAUCAGAGAACUUUUGCUCCUCUCUCUUGUCUUCUUCUUCUUAUGCAAUUCUUCUCUUAGUCUUCUCACACCUGAUGGAGUCAAUUAUGAAGUACAAGCUUUGAUGGAUAUAAAAGAAUCUCUGAGGGACCCACAUGGUGUUCUUGAUAAUUGGGAUAGAAAUGCUGUGGAUCCAUGCAGUUGGGCUAUGGUUUCUUGUUCUUCAGAAGACAGAGUUAUUAGUCUGGGGAUUCCAAGUCAAGGGUUAUAUGGUACACUUUCAGCAAGCAUUGGGAACUUGACAAAUCUACAGACUGUGCUUUUGCAGAAUAACAACAUAUCAGGACAUAUUCCUGCUGAAAUAGGAAGGUUGUCUAAACUUCAAACACUUGACAUUUCUGAUAAUUUCUUCAGAGGAAGAAUUCCACCUUCUCUGUCUCAUUUGAGCACCCUUCAUUACUUGAGGCUGAACAACAAUAGUCUUUCUGGAGAAAUUCCUCAAUCCUUUGCAAAUAUGACUCAGCUCACAUUCUUAGACCUCUCCUACAAUAAUCUGAGUGGUCCUGUACCAAGAUUCCUAACAAAAACAUUCAGUGUUGUAGGAAAUCCUCAAAUAUGUGCCGCAACAAGCGAUAACGAUUGCUAUGGAACAGCUCAGUUACCUCUCUCUUUCAAUGUCAAUAAUACAGCCAGUUUCCAGCCUUCUCAGAAACGCAAAGGUCAUGGCAAGCUUGCCUUGGCCUUAGGUUCAAGUCUAGCUAGCAUUUGCCUGCUCAUUCUCGGGUUUGGUUUCCUUUUAUGGUGGCGAUAUAAGCACCAUAAGCAGAUGUUUUUUGAUGUCAAAGACCGACAUCAUGAAGAUGUUUGCCUUGGAAACUUGAGGAGAUUCCAUUUUAGGGAACUUCAUAGUGCAACAAACCACUUCAGUAGCAAAAACAUAGUUGGAAAGGGUGGUUUUGGGAUUGUAUACAGAGGGCACCUUUCAGAUGGUACAGUUGUGGCAGUUAAGAGGCUCAAGGAUGGAAAUGCCAUUGGUGGGGAGAUCCAAUUUCAGACUGAAGUCGAGAUGAUCAGCUUGGCUGUACACAGGAAUCUUUUACGCCUAAAUGGGUUCUGUAUGACUGCCACCGAGAGGCUUUUGGUCUACCCUUACAUGUCGAAUGGAAGUGUGGCUUCUCGUCUCAAAGCAAAGCCAUCCUUGGACUGGGGUACCAGAAAACGAAUCGCGUUAGGGGCAGCUAGGGGACUACUAUAUCUUCAUGAGCAAUGUGAUCCUAAGAUUAUCCAUAGGGAUGUUAAGGCAGCUAAUAUUCUACUGGACGAUGAUUGUGAGGCUGUUGUCGGAGAUUUUGGUUUGGCAAAGCUAUUGGACCACCGGGAUUCACAUGUCACUACAGCUGUUAGGGGCACCGUGGGGCAUAUAGCUCCAGAGUACCUUUCUACAGGACAAUCUUCAGAAAAAACAGAUGUCUUUGGAUUUGGGAUCCUCCUACUAGAGUUGAUAACUGGUCAAAGGGCAAUAGAUUUUGGCAAAGCAGCAAACCAGAAAGGAGCCAUGUUAGACUGGGUUAAGAAAAUUAACCAAGAAAAGAAGCUAGAAAUGUUGGUAGACAAGGACUUGAAGAACAACUAUGACAGCAUUGAACUUGAAGAAAUAGUCCAAGUAGCUCUCUUAUGUACUCAAUUCCUCCCUAAUCAGAGACCUAGGAUGUCAGAAGUGGUAAGGAUGCUCGAGGGAGAUGGCCUCGCAGAGAAAUGGGAAGCUUCUCAAAGAGCUGAUUCCACAAGGAGCAGAGUAACUGAGUUCUCCUCUUCAGAGAGAUACUCUGAUCUCACCGAUGAUUCUUCAUUGCUUGUCCAAGCAAUGGAGCUCUCUGGACCAAGAUGAUAGUUCUAUCUCAAUAGCAAAAUGACGGUGUAUAUUGCACAUAGAGAAUGGUUGGGUUACUUCAGCAAGAUUGUGGAUCGCACAAUCUCACUUCCUUGAGCAUCAUUGUUAGUGAGCGCGCCAAUGAAACUCAGCAGAGUUUGUCCAUAAUUUGGUAUUGUACAGAAUCAGAUUCCAGAAACUUAGUGUUUAGAAUGAGGAUUAAAAGCGACCUUAUCUCUUAAUUGCAUAGAGAAUAUUGUUAAAGAGUGUGGGUCAAGUUUGUAAGAAUAAUGUAAUGUGAGAAAGGGUUCCCUUUUUCUUUUUUCUUACAUUUUAACAAAUUGUGAAAUCUAAGGCUAUUGUAGUAAGCUGUAAGCAUAUAUAGUGGAAUUUUGAAGGAUGUAAUUUAUUUUCCAACCAUACGUUAAACAGGGUGUAUAAUAUAUUCCUAUUCGUUAA